UGGGCCGCUGUUGCUGUGCGAGGUGUUCAGCACUGUAGUGUAGAGAAUAGCGCACUUAUCUUUGCGAACAAGGCGUUCGAAUAUGUUCCUACAUGGUUAAUUUGUAUAGCGUGAGUACUCAUUAAACAGCUAACUGUGCUGACCGUCUUAGUUAGUUUAACUAACACUGUGUAUGAAGCACUUUUUCCAUUGUGCAGCUUUUGAUAGUUUGGUGUAUUUCCCUGCUUAUUUAAAAGAAGACGAAUAGUUAGUGUGGCUGAAGUGAAUACUUGAUUAGCAGCGUGGGAUUUCUGCUGCCAUCUGCGAGCAUGGCUGCUCUGCGGAGCGCAUUGAUGACGAUGUCAAGUCGAGGAGCAACAGCCUUUCGACCUGGUUCUGCCGAUGGAAUCCGUCGGAGCGUUCAGGCCGAUUUUACCAACAGGGUGUCAACGUGCCUUGGUCAUCGCUGUAUUCAUAGAGCGGUAACGAGACUCCAGCCUACAAAGGUACCGAUGACGGAUGAGGAGCGAAAGCUUCUUGAAAAGCUUGGGGAGCCAGAUCACGAAACACGAGGUUAUCUCAACGAACUCUACGAUGAGUUCGACGUGGGCGCAGAAAAACGCAAAGAACAGAGACAACAGCGAAAGCAAAAGAAAGAUCAUUCAAAAGACAAGCAAAGUGAUGAGGACGCUGCGCCUAAAUCAUUCGUGGCUCCAGCUCAUAUAGCAGAAAAGCGAGAACUGUCAACGAUGAGCUUUAUUCGCUCUCUGCACACUUCACGUAUACUUAAAGACAGAGCACCAAGUAUAGGAUCGUCCGACGGUAACAGUAAAAGUUCUUCGGACAUUGGGGCCGAAAACGAUUCGGAAGUCUCAGACAAUCACGUCACUAUGAAGCCCUCAAUAAAGGUGCAUAAACAAAGGCUUACGGAUGAGACGGAAAUCAUCUGGGAUCAUCAAGAGAAACUGGAUGCACAGCAUACCUAUAAUGACUACUAUCCAGAACAGCAGAAGGUUGAUCUUUUGAGAGUAGGAAUUAAACUACCACGCGGUGAAACUGGCGUCUUCGAUAUUGAUGAUUUGGUAAGCGUUCUUCGCGAGGAGCGGCUACUGGACGUAGUGGUUAUUAAGAUUCCCCCGAAUCUUCCUUACGCUGAUUAUCUCGUGAUUUGCUCAGCUAUAUCCGUUAGACAGGCAAAGGCCAUUACGCAAUACCUCAGAAAAAUGUUCAAACGUAAAAAGCGGGCGGAUGAUGCUGCUCUAAAGAUCGAAGGGAUGGACUCUGAUGACUGGAAGGUACUCGAUAUGGGAAAUAUUGUUUUGCACAUCUUUGAUCAGCAAACGCGAGAAAAGUAUGAUCUUGAGACGCUAUGGACCGUUGGUGCCGAUAUGGACGAUCUAGUACGGGAUAAUGGCGAACAAGAAGAUGUUGACACACUUGAGAAGCACAUGAGUUUUGUUCGAAGCCUUAUCCCGCAACAUGCGACUACAUCUACAGACUCGCCAUAAACUCAUGUUUUGAUCAGAACGUCGUCGCAGCUCAUACACGAGACAGCUGCGCUAGUGUCCCUGUUCGAUGUUGUUAUUCUCAGCUAUCCAUUUGAAUGAAAAUUAAAUGUUCGCUGAAAGGCUAGCAAAGAACAAGAAGUACUGUUAUUAUAAAUGAGAAGAUGGGGAAAUAAAUGAAAGAGAAAAAGUCAAAAUGUGGAGUGUGUGCUCUAUCGAGGAUAAUAAAAUCAAAUAUUUGAACAAAGUGCAGCUGUAACUUAAGCCAUAAUUAAAGUGUUUUUACUUAGAAAACUACUACCUCAUAUGUAGUUAGCCUUACUGUGUGCUGCUUUAUCUGAGAAAAGUGAAGUAGUGAACCUUGUCUAGCAUAUUUUAUAGAAAAAAGGAUGCGAUUAUAAUCUAUUUGUGCAUUAAAUCGUCAUUGUGAAGUAAACGGUGAACUUUAAUUUUCUAUUUUAACUUAUCCAGGUUUUGUUUCUAUGAGUUUUUAUCGUAAUGGUAUUACAACGACUUAAAGAGCGUGUUCUGAGAUAUGUCGACCAUUCUGGCGUUAGCAUAUAGAAUUUGUUUAGAUCUAGCACAUAAAGGUUUUAGCAAAAACAGGUAUUUUUCAUCAAAAAUGAGCAAAAAAUGUCUGGUUAGCCGUCCUUCAUCGUUCUCCGAUUAUCGGUUAUCUGAUUGAAAGUAGUCUUUAGAUCGUACGAUUUGCAUUAAGUUCAUAGACGUUUGAGGAGUUUUUCCAUCAAGCCAACUUGAUCAAUAUAAACCGGUUUCACUUGAGUACACUAUGAUAAUAAACGAUAAUAAAUAAUUAGAGAUUAUCUAUUAUCGUUUUAUAUCUCAGUCAUUAUACAUACUGCAUAUAACGUAAUAGUACGCGUAAUAAUAACCACUGUUUAUUGGUUAAUUUGAUAUCUAAUAUGUACGCUAUACACACAACGCCGAUCCGAGUGACAACUAUGUAGGAGAAGCCGAUACCCAGCGAUUGCCUGAUACGAUGGUCAGCGGAAUAACAAUAGAAAAAGCAUAGCUUCGAUCGUACUAAAAAAUAUUCAUGCAUUGCUUGCCAUUAAGAUGUCGCUGAAGUUAAGCACUGCUUAAACGCGAGAAAUUUAGCUUGAUUAUUUCAUUCAUUCUAUUAUAUCAAUAUUUAUUGAAUUGUAACUUUCAAACGAAUAUUUACUGAGUUAUAGAUUAAACCAUGAAUAAAAGAUUAAAGUCUUUCCAGAGCGAGAUAUAGACACCUCUCAUUUAUUGCAGAAAAUUGACUGCAAAUAGUUUUUUCAACGUUACCUAAUUAUUGCUAAUACAAAGGCUGCCCCCAGGAUGAACAGUGAAGCUGAAUCCUUAGCCGGCAACUACAAUCCUUAGACCGCACGAUCAAAAAUCCCUGCUUUGCACGAUCUUCAGGCUUAGAUAUCUACAUUCUAUCUUCUAAUAUCAAUGCUAAUGAUAUGCAUCAUCUGUGUAUGUUUAUUGGUAAGGUUUUUAUUGACUUCUGGGGGAUUUUGGGGUGCUUCCUUGAAAAACUGUAGGGGAUGUAAGACGAAAUAUUUAGGUAUAGCAGAGGUUCAAAUUGAUUUCAGAAAAAAUAGAAAAACGAACAGUCAAAAAUGGGUCUAUGCAAGGUAUCUUGUUGCACAGUAUAUAUAAGUACCUUUGAGUAACAACACUUUACGUGUUCCUCUACCUAAAAUUGUUAUAUUCAGUCGUAUUUCUAGCUCUCGCAUUUCUUACUGAGAAUUCCUCUUAGAUCUUUUCGUUAAACUGUUCCUCGCAUUAAAGUCAACCUGUUUAUUAUAGACUGUUAUAUGGAAGCCUUCAAAAGACAAAACACUGUUUAGGAAGCUAAAUCCAAAAAAAUCAUUCCAAUGUCGAGAAGAAACACCGAUGGUGCUUCUUUCCGACAUUAGAUAAUACACUACCCUUUGUAUAUGCAUUAGGAAAGGUUAAUUGUGAAUUCAAUAAGUUUUAUUAUUCAGUUUUCAAAUAGAUCACAAAAGAAUUCCUAAAAUGGAGGAAGUCCUAUUGUUUGUGCUUCAAACGACGACCUUUUUCUUUGACUUGGUAUCCUCCAAACGCCAACGGGGUUACUGAAAUGCUUUAGUAAGCCUUAGAUGUGACGCAUUGCGACACAUCCUUUUUCUCGAUGAUAUAAAAAAUAAGAGUGGAGUAAAAAUCUCCACUAAUUUACAGCAAGUGAAGACUGCCGCAAUGGAAAAUUCAUAAUCUAAUAUUGCCAGAUGUCAAACGAUGUUAUAUAGGUCAGAGUUUUUCAUGUAUAAAUAAACGAUUAAACCUGAACUUGAAGAAUCGGGCAUCCAAGGCAGUUAACCACUGUGCUCAUUAAAGUAGUCGAGCUACUCCGAAUGUCUCGUCCGAAUAGUAUUGAGCUGCACAGAAUCAGCCAGCAGCGAAGCCCAAAGCCUGUUCUGAAUACCUGAACCCCGAGUGAAUUUUCGGAGAUUUCCGAUAUCUCUACAAAGUCGUGCCACUCUUCGGAAUCGUCAGCGGAUGUUUCCCAACAUACUAACCAAUGUAGUAGACUAUUCAUGUCUGUUUGAGCACGCAAUCCGUGGCCAUUAAUUAAGCCUAAUCUUUUAAGGAUGAGGGAGAAACCUUUUUACGAAAUUUCCCUCGACUCUUUAAGGUAUCUGGUUGCGGAAUCCUUCCGACAGACCUGAAAGCUUUUAAACGGCAUAGAAACCGUUUGAAAACACGGUGGGCCUUUGUCAAAUUUAGCAAGAUAUCAAACUAUUUUUGGCAUCUUGCUAAAUUCAUGGGUUAAACAGAUAUGCCGUAAUAUUUUACAACGAUAACUCGUCGCGGCAUUUUCUUGAUUGGUACUUCCGUAAUAGAAGCAUUAAGUCUGACACAGAUUGUGAUAUGCCUAAUGCUAGAAGAUGCUCUAGUGGACAGAUACUAAAUAACUUAAUUUUUAAGACGAAGCUACAAAUUUUAAUCAAUUCCUCCUGUGUCUUGUGGUUCUUGUUUGUGAAUACAUGCUAAACCAUGGUGUACUGCACUUUGUGUGAUUACUGUUACGUAUAUUUUUUUUUUGUAUAACAUUCAUUGGUAGUUUCGGAGAAAUUUCGCAAAUUCUUUUACAUGAAAGCUUUUCACUUUCAUUUUUAGUUCCGGGGAUGUUUUAUUUUUCCGUCCUACGUUACGCCAGCCCUCUGUUCUCUAGGCACCACGUACCUCAGCCUGUAUGCUGUGACUGCUAGUCAUCUUUUGCCAUCAUGCUUUUACAAGUGAUUUUCAUGGUAUCACUGUUGUGAAAGUUUCAGCAUCAGCAGUAGUAUCACGCAUCGAAGUUCCACGGUUCCACUGAAAAUAAUGUUUUUUACGUAGCUUUUAUAUCCCUUAAAGGAUUUGACACCUGUAACAGUUCUAGAACACCCUAUAUAGAACAUGAAGCUUUUUUACACGUACGAAAAACGAGCAUUAAAUUAAAUACCCCAACGUCACCACUUGCUAGUCGGUAAAUAGUACCGACAUGCAAGAUAUCGACUCGCCAUAAUAAAAAUAAGUUCAGACGUGAAGUAAACACUGUUUGACACUGCAUAAGCCAAACUGUGGAACUUAAUUUUUCGUUGUACUGGCACGAUUGUCCAAUCUAUAGUGAUUUCGACAGGAAAAAGUAUUAAUUAAUUCUCCGUCAACACCAGACAAAAAGGAGCGGAAUAUAUCUGCAAGGUCGACGAUCAUCUCGAUAACACUGUGGCAUCCAUAACGAGCGAGGUCCAGCCUUGACCCCGACAAUUUGUUGAAGUUGUCAAGAAAUUCUUUACCACAAACCCCACGUGGAUAGUGUGCCAUCAAUUCAACAAGAUAGACUUGAAAAUUGUUUCGGACGGCUCGUCGACGCCUCAUGAGAUCACUGUCGAAUUUUGCCCUUCAGCUGAAGAUAUUCGUAGAGCGGGCAAACUCACUUCAGCUUUACACCAGAAGGUUACGUAAGGAAUUAGAUGAGAUGCUAUUCAAAUCGAUAUGUGGAUUAACAACAACGGACAUAAGCUAGGCCAGUUUCAUUACUCUAAUGCAGUUUUUUUGCACACAACGUAUGAUUGAUAAUUCGAGAAUGUUUCUACAUUUUUAAAUCGAGCAGACAUGAUUCAAUGUGGUUCGUCAUAUUGCUUGCAUUUUGUAGUUGCAUGUUAUUGAGGCCAACGAACAUACAUACCUAACAGAGUCGAAUUGAAAAUAAUAAUCGUAAGAACACCUAAAAGUAAUUUACGUAGCAAUGAAUAAGUUGCAUUGCAGAUACCUGUCUUGGCGCCUAUCUGGUCCUUCCAGACCAGUUGGGUCCUGAGGUUCCGGUCGAGUUAUUACGUACGCGAACUCAGAGAAUACAGUUACCCGUUUCAUUUCAUUUGAAAUUGAAGUGAUAAUUCAUAUAGCGACUGAAGAACUUUUUAGCAUUUAAACAGCCCAAACAAUCGCAAAGCAGUGGGUCUUUAUGCCAAAUGGCGUACGCUCUCGGCAUAACCUGUAGAUAGAGUUGCGGAUGCAUUGGCAAGACUUAACAUAGUAAGCAAAGAUCUAAUACUUUAAAAUGUCACCAAUAUUUUCAUCUCUGCUCAUGGACGAAUGGCCGUUCAAAACGCCAAUACAAUUAUGUCUAUCUCAAGCUGGUUUAUGAAUUAACCCUUCCAACUUUCAUAAUACUCCCCCAGUGACCUUCAUGAUACUUUCAAAUUGUUGAGGUUUGACGUUAUUUAAUCUAGUGCUAGGCUUUUAAGGGCUUAUCGCUGACAAGCUAACCAAAUAUUAAUUGAACUCGAAAUUUACUACCAGCAGGUGCGAAAAAUAAAAUACGCAACAAAUCGAACUUGCGCUAAUGGUCGUCCACAGAUACAUCAAGAUACAGUAGAGGGUAGUAGGCUGAUGUCACACCAAGAACGGCUGAUUGAAUUGUCUCAACUUCUGCUGACUUAUGUAUGCAGUACCCAGUUUUUGCAGUUUCUACUUCAUUUGUUUCUCGUCCUGCCGCAACGGUACGAGAUAUAGAAUCCAACGAGACUGUUUCUAGCAUCUCCAUAUCAGAUAAUGGACGCUGCUGUCUAGGGACUUCAGCGAAAUGACCCUGAAUACAGCACUAUACUAAUCCAGUCUCCACUUGGUAAUUCCGCUAUGACGAAAACUCCUACCACAAAGACAAGAAAAUAAUUCCAGAACGAAUAUAUUUAUUGGCCUUCCCGGCAGACGAUCUGUGUUCUGUAUAUGCAUGUAAAUGAAAGAUACGAUACCCUUUUCAACGAGUUGCAAAUAUGUAUGCGAUAACUGACGACAACGAGACUUUUUAUCCCCCCGAACUCUUACGACUGUUGGGUAAGAUCCGCAUUUAUGCUAGAAUAUGGCAAAUCGAAGUCAGAGUUUUCUCAGCUGAUCGUGAAGUGGUUUUGAAAAGUCUCACCAAGUGGCUUGUGUUUUUUAUGUAAAUGAAUUACCUCAAAGCAGUCGGUCAUAAUCCGAGAUUUUUUUGGGCAUCGUACCUCAAAUAUACAAGCUAAGAAAAAACUAACUAAACUAUACCAUAUUUAGAAAAAAAAAACAGCGCAGAAGAGCGUCUUUUUUGGUUGCUGUCGAAUCUACCGGAUGGAAACACAUAGUCAAGCCUGCAAAGGCAGCGACUCGAUCGCCCGCAUCAUUAGGUUCGUUGUACACGAAAACUGGGAUUCAUAAUAUUGUCUGAUAUGAAGACAACAGUUAUGUAUAUCUAACUUUUUUUGGAAAAUAACUUACUUUAAUCCCGCGAGCCA